AGGCAUGCAUUUCCGGGUUAACCAUGAUAAAACAUUGAUGGCGGUACCAUGCGUGUAGAAGGAAGGAUAUUCUAGUAUUUCAUUUUGUUUUUUUGAAACAAACGCUGUAUAAUGAAAGAAACACCCCUGUCCAACUGUGAGCGAGACUUUCUGCUUAAAGCUAUCGAGGAGAAAAAGCGUCUGGAUGGACGACAGACUUAUGACUACAGAACCAUAAAGGUUACGUUUGGCACAGACUAUGGAUGCUGUUUUGUGGAUCUGGGAAAAACCAGGGUCAUGGCCCAGGUGUCCUGUGAAAUAGUGGCUCCAAAAGAAAGUCGACCAAAUGAGGGAAUUGUGUUCUUCAACAUUGAACUGUCACCAAUGGCCUCACCAACAUUUGAACAGGGCAGGCAAUCAGAGUUGUCAGUGAAGCUUAACAGACAGCUUGAGAGAUGUUUAAGGAACUCAAAAUGUAUCGACACGGAGUCACUGUGUGUGGUGUCAGGAGAGAAGGUGUGGCAGAUCAGAGUGGACGUCCACGUGCUAAAUCAUGAUGGGAAUCUGAUGGACGCCUCUAGCAUCGCCGCCAUCACGGCUCUGUGCCACUUCAGACGCCCUGACGUCAGCACCCAGGGAGACGAGAUCACAGUGUACAGCCCAGAGGAGAGAGACCCCAUUCCUCUCAGCGUCUACCACAUGCCCAUCUGUGUCAGCUUCUCCUUCUUUCAGCAGGGAACAUACCUGCUGGUGGAUCCCUGUGAGCGGGAGGAGCGAGUGAUGGACGGUCUGCUGAUGAUCGCCAUGAACAAACAUAGAGAAAUCUGCUCCAUCCAGUCCAGUGGAGGUAUCAUGCUGCUGAAGGAGCAGGUCAUGAGAUGCAGUAAAAUUGCCAGUGUUAAAGUGUCUGAAAUCACAGAACUUGUUGGCAAAGCUCUUGAAAAUGACAGAAAGGCCAGGAAAGCUGGGGAGAAGUGUGGCUUUGCAGAAUCACUUCCUCAGGAGCGAAUCACGGCUCUGAAAACAGACAAGACUCCAGUGGAGGCGAUGGACGUGACAGAAAAGGUUGAUGACAUCAUCCAGAAGGCUGAGGUUCCCCCUCUGUCGGUACCGUCUCCAUCACUGCCAGUUCCAGGUGUGGGGCAGGUGGGGCAGAACACCUGGGGUCUGGAUGAGGAGGAGGAGGAGGAGGAGGAGGGGGAGGAAGAUAGAGACAGCAGCGGUGAAGAAGAGGAAAAAGGAACAAAGACCCAAAAGGAAAAAGAUAAAGGUAGUCAAACAGCUGAUCUCAUUAUUAUUGAUGAAGUGGUGGAAUUAUCUGACAGUGAAGAAGAGGAAGUGGUCAUACUUCAUCCAGACACAUGACCAGACUCUUAAUAAAGGAAACCCAUGGUCCAGUAUCCACCAGCAGGGGGCUGCAAAGACAGAAGGUGGCCAUUGCAACCAAAAAGUUGCCUUGAUAUGGAACAGUGUCAGACGUGGACAAUUAAUUCUUACAAAAUAUACUUUAUGUAUGUCAUAGUAAUCCUUUUUGAAAUUAUGUUUAAAAAUAAAAAAAGUCUGUCUGUAUUGA